CGUGAACAUCCCCUCUCCUCCUCCAGACCGGAGAGUAACCUGCGCGAUUUUAACAGCAAAAUGGCGACAGGCUCUUGGAAGUGAGGGGGCAGAGAGACGCUGUCAGGUGCAAUGACAAACCCGAGGACACGCGCGGUCGUCCCGAGGUGCGUUUUCUAAGAACAAUGAGGUGGAAUCAGUCCCUUGACGCAGACCGAAAGUACUGCUACUAUGUCUGAUCUGGAGCCAAAUGCACAAGAGGACAAAGACGUGGAAUCUGUGUCUGACAGCCCAGGUCGUACUCAGGAGCCAUUACAGAGUCACACAUUCUCCCUGAAGAACAAUGCUGCAGGUCUGUCCUCAGAUGAACACGAAAACCCUUUAAAUGGAACCCAGCCGAAUCCAUUUGUAUACAGCAGUGUCCCUGCUGUUCCCCAUGCAGGCAAUUCAUUGCCUUCAGGAGCACUUGUUAAUGGACCUGGUUCACACCCCACCUCAGAGGUACACUGUGUCCUGAACAAAGGCACUGUUUUAUCCAACAGUGUCCUGGAUGCAGCGUGGCAAGCGGAGAAGGACACGAGCCCCGAGGUGUUACCACCACCUAGUGAGCUUCAAUCAGACGCUUGGAAGAACACAGCGGGGCCCAUCGUAAAAACACUGGCCACACAGCCAGGUGUCAACACGCCACUGUCUCACUCGGAGGAGAAUGAGUCUAAACUGGCCUGUUCCACACAGUCAGGUGACAGUGCAGACCAAAUGCACAUUAGUCAACCUUUGACAAAACAGACAAUAAAAACAAGAUCUCUGCGGGACGCGGAAUGGCCAGGAAGCUCCGUGGAUGGUUAUGAUAAUGCUGAAGUAAUCAGGUGGGAUUCAGCUAGAGAGUGCUUUUUACACGAUGGCAGAAGGCUGGAGACCAACGUGACGCACCAAAGAGACAGCAAGCACAAUACAUACACAGAGAGCUUGUCAGGCUGUCUAGAAAAGGUUAACAACCGCUACGCUCAUUUCUGCAGUGGAAAUGAUGCUGAAAAUGUUGACACUGGCAGUAAAGACCAAUCUCCGGGUGGACAAUUUGAUAUUAAACAUUCAGUUAUGCCAUCCAAAGACCUUUCCAGGAACAUAGCUUUAGACUCUGAACGCCGUAUUUAUAGCACAGCACAGGAAGCCUAUAAUGAGGAAAAUGACCCUGAAGAUGAAAACAGUGCUAGCGCAAAAGUGGAACAGCCGAAGAUUGAGCAACUUGAGCAAGAUCCACUAUUCUUUUCAUGCACAAUAUGCAAUGUUAAUUUCAAGAAAAAAAGGCAUUUCCAUAGACAUAUGAUGUAUCAUUUAGGAAAGCAUAAUCAGGUGAAGAGUGAGACUGUUUCACAGCCCUUUAUAUGCAGGGAAUGUGGGCGUUUGUUCUGUGAUAGCAACUCCCUCAUGAGACACAUCAUUAUUCACAGAGAUAGGCUGCAAAAACUUAUGGAGGAAAUCAAAGGUCUCAAAACCACUGAAUUUGAAGACGGGGCCACCACAGGGCAGUGCCCUCAGUGCAUAUUUGACUGUAGCUGUCCUAAGAUCUCCGUCCAGCACGCCAAAACACAUGAUAAUCUGAAGCACUACUACUUCUGUGAGGAGUGCAACUACAUUACCCUAACGCAGCAGGCACUCGAGGCGCACAUGGAUGUCACACACCUCAACACACACCAGCCUAAAUACAGGAGAAUGACUCAUACUAAUGAUGCAGAGGGGCCGAACUGUGUUCUGUUUCAAAUGGGUUCUUUUACUAGUCGAGACAAAGCAGUGCUGGAAAGAAACCCCGAGCUAGAGCGGCAGCAGUCGUGCUGCGGUGAUUAUAAAAAGUUAACUGACCGACCCAAAAAAGCCGCAUUUAAACCCAAUCCAUUCAAGUCUACUUUUGAAGAAAGAAAAGGAGACAUGUACGUUCAAAAGCCUAACGACAAAGCCAAACGUUCUCCUUCCAUAAACUCGCUGUCGCCAUCUUUGUGGAGAAUAGACAACCACGGAAAAUUACUCCUACAACAGCUCGAAAAUUUCGAUGCGGCAACUGAUCUCACCUGUGUAGAAGACGAAGAAGAUGAAGAAGAAGAAAACAAUGGCCGCCAGGCUUUUGGCAGCUCAAAGCAGGCAAUCUGUCCUGCAACCGCCGAUUCUUUUCUAUCAGCCAGGAAGCUUAAAUUAGACCAGAUGUUCUGUCAGGGAAGCGAGAACGACCCGGCAAGCGGGAUUUUGCAAGCUCAAACAAAACAAAAUUCUCCAUCAAUGAGGAAAAUGUCAACACCUUUGCAUAACACUAUUGAAAGUAUGAAUGGUAAUGUAUUGCCCAGACUUAGCCAGAGGCUCAAGAAACAGUGUGCAGUUAGGGAGUUGAGCAAAAGCUCCGAGGUCGACGAUAACUUCAGUGAUGUCACCAGCGAGGCUACAGGCAGCUUCUUAGAAAGCAACGAGAAUGAAAGCAUCCCGUAUGCUCAGGGGUAUCUCAGAAAGAGGCAGAGCUUUUCAGCCAAACACCAAAGCCCCCACAAACUCUCGGAUGAUGGUGAUGAAGACUGUAGUGACAUAGAGCAACUCAUAAUAAAGGAGGAGUAUAUCGAGACUACAGCGUGUGAUGAUUCCCCAGAAUUGCCUGUUACAUCUCCUGUUGACCGCUUUGAUAUUUUCCCUACGCCGGCCGUAGAACACAGGCCCUGUCCUUACUGCCCUGCCUUGUUUGAAUCCGGGGUGGGCCUGUCCAAUCAUGUGCGAGGGCACCUUCACCGAGUCGGCCUGAGCUACGACGCUCGACACAUGGUCACGCCAGAGCAGGUGACGCUGCGGGACCGCCGGCUACGAGUUCGCCGAAGGACCCCUACUGGUAUGAGGAAAACGAGAAAAGCUGUGAAACCACAAACCCAGGGAGAGCACACAUGUCCCCUGUGUUGCGGCUGGUUUGACACGAAGACUGGCCUCUCCAACCACGUCAGGGGACACCUGAAACGAAUAGGCAGAAGCGUCUCGAGCAGCAGUAAGUCGCCACUGUGCAUCCUAAAUGAACUGCUACAGGACAAAAAGGAGCACCGGGACAUCCUCCAGGUCCUCAACGAGAGCCAGUUCCCCUCACAUACGUCGGCCUCUCAGAAGUUCAUCAGCAGAGAUGACUUGUUCUUUAUGCGCGCAGGCAUACCAGUGAAAACAGAGUAUGGGGUGAGAAGUCCUAUAUUGGACGGUUUUGUACCAAAACGGGAGGCAGAGGUGUUCUUGGAAAGGACGAAGCUACAGGUAGAAGCACAAAGAGGCCCUAAGGAGCCAUCAAGCACUUUAGUUGAACUGCUCAAAACCAAACAGGAAAGUGUGGAGCUUGGAGAGAAACAGAAGCAGGAAACCUAUGCAACCAGCGUGAUCUGCAACAUAACCAAAGAUUACAUGGAGGAGACCUGGGCGACCAGCGUGGAACCGAACUGGGAACAAGGGGAAUGCCAUUCAAAAAGGAUUUGUAUUCAGUGCACAGACCCCUUCCCCUCUGCUGCCAUGCUCCCAGGUCAUCUGCGAGCCUUUGCACACAGGAAGAGGAUAGCCAUUUUGGAAGAACGAGGCUAUGAUUCCAAACAGAAGAAACCAAGACCAAGGCCUGGGUUAAAGAGGAAGCUUUUACCCUCCAUGAACACAGAGAUAUACACACUCACCUGCAGAUUCUGUGACCUAGUCUUCCAGGGUCCCUUGUCUGUCCAGGAGGAUUGGAUCAAGCACUUACAGAGGCACCUUCUGCACACCAGCGUGCCCCACUCAGGGACGGGGAUGGUAGAGGUUUUGGGUUUCAUCACAAAAUAAAAAAUAAGCAUGUGUCGUGAGGAGACGUUUACCCAUCUAGAACUUCCAGUUGCCUCCUGAAAUUGCACAUUAUUUAAAUAUAUAUAUAUAUAGAGAGAGAGAUAAAUAUAUAUAAUAUAUAUACAUUAUCCCUGCAGUUUGUAAAGGAAAACUGUAUAUAACGGUUAAGGCACAUUGUUAAAUAAUAGUUUAUAAUAUUCAUACUGUACGAAUUAGCAAAAACUUUAGAAUAUAGGAUAGAAUAUUUUAAUGCUACGCUUUGCCUUAUCAAUUUAGCUAAUACACGUCACAGAAUUCAUAUUUGUUCGCUGAUAUUUGAAUUUCGGACAGCGGUGGUUGAACCACAGCGGCAGUCAUGCAGAGGGGAGAGUUGCCUUAAACGUAACACAUUACAGCUGCGACUGUUACUGCGUAAAUGUCAACAUGUUGUCAUGGUGUCAGCAUGUGGCCGGCGCAGCGAUAAACAUCCCUGAGAAAUAUCAACACGACUCAGGUGACUUGAAAACUGAUUUAGCCUAAAGUCUGUUGUUUUUUUUGUUUUUUUUAUUCAUUUUUUUUUUUUUAUGCCAUGGAGCUAAGAUCUACAUAGCUGUCUGCAUGAAUCAGUUCUUAGUCAUGACACGCAUGCUAGUCUUGGUCUGGAAUGAGCACAAACGUAUGAAUUCCGUUUUAACGCUAUCUUUUCUAGUGACGGUGGUUUACGACAGCACACACGUAGGUCUUUGCCUGAAAUUAGGACGUGUUUCAGUAUAAAAUGUUCAGAGCGAAAACCGUUACAGUCGCGGUGACUUUCCCCCUUCUUUUAGAAACGUGUUUGCUGACAUGCCAAAAGUGUUUUUACAGGUUUUUUUUUCUUUUUGGAGUGAUAUAAAGUGCCUUGUUAUUAUAACAAAGCUACUUCUUAUAAUGAGAAAACUUAAAAUUGAAAAAAAAGCAAAAAAAAAACAUUAUCUGACUUUGCUUAUCGGAAGUUUUUUAUCCCAACAAGACGAGCAAGAAAACGAGUACUCUGUACUGUAGAAAUAGACAAGCCUUAGCUUUUAAAUGAGUUUCAUGACUUUCUUUUGGAGACAAAAUCCAAUUCAGCUACGCUCUCGCUCAGUAGAGGCAUUAGUUUGCAGACGCUUUGUAGAAUUCCCCCCGUCUGCACCUGCAUCAGAGAGAGACACUCUCUUUAUGAAAAGGCUGUGAUAAAUGUGGGAACCGCUUGUUCUGUCAUUGUUUGUUCUUUGGUUUAACCUUCAACAAUCAGUGUAAUUUCUGAAAUCUGCCUCUCAUUAUGCGCAAAGUAGCAGCUUCUUAUAAUGAGAAAACUCUGCAGUUGGAACGCGAAAAGUUCAAAUCGACAUUUUCUGUAAUUGGGUUCAUCCAAGGUUCUGCUUGUGGUUCAUGUGUCGGUAAGCAUGUGUUGUAAUUAAGAGACGCCGUACUUAAAUUUCAUACUAAACCAUCUUAACAUCUGUGGUAUUAAACAGAACAGAAACUGUCUAUAACGUGUUCGCCAAACUUUUAACAGCUCUCACGAUUUGGUGCUCGUCUUGCAGAGAGACAGGGCCGCACUUUAAGACAUCGCCAAGAUGGGAUAUCAUUUUAAAUGUCAUCAUUACAUGUCUGUUUUUUUCUGUUCUUUUUAUGCGUUUUUACUUUUCACGAUUCUUAUUGAACCUAUUGCAAAAACACUCAUGUUUCACUUUAUAAUACUAACAAUAAUAAAGUACAACUUAAUAAAUAGCAUAGAAAUGUUAGUGUAACUAAGUCAAAUAAAUGUUUGCUCACA